GCAGUAUUACAGCAGUAGAGCUUGUAAAUCUAUGUCGUGACUUCCGCCAUGCGCCGUUGUAAGUGAGUUCUUGCUAUGCAUUAAUUCAUCGUGAUGUACUGAUUUGUUUAUUGUCUUUUUAACAUCGUUACCGUUAUUUACAUGCAACCUGUCGAGAUAUUGAAUAAUACUACGAAUAUUCCGUAUGCUACAUCAUUUAUAAUCCUCAUUUUGAUUAUUUUGCAUACGCCUGUAUCCAUCUUUUACCGCCGUUCUCUGCUUUCACGUCGUUUAUUUUGUCAUCAUUUGUCAGAUUGUCCAGCACUUUUUACUUUUUAUUAUCGCCCAUGGAUAAUCGGCCGAAUUUCUGGCAAAAUACUUGAUGUGGGAUAAGACUUAAUAAACAGUCGUGCGUUUCAAUAACGGACGAUCUGGCACACGUAAAGGAAUUAAAUAAGCAAUUAAAAAAUAAAUAGCUACAAGAAGGAGAAAUGUGUGCUGCCAAUUCACCUCGGAUUUUGGCUACCAAACCUUAUGAUUAUCUGUUGAAAUUCUUGCUCGUUGGAGACAGCGAUGUCGGUAAGGAAGAAUUACUCAACGGGAUGGAUGAUGGUGCCUCUGAGUCUCCUUAUUACGGAUUCUCUAGUUGUGGUGUCCAUUCAAAGACAACUACAAUUUUACUUGAUGGGAAAAGAGUGAAACUUCAAUUAUGGGAUACAUCAGGACAAGGAAGGUUCUGUACCAUAUUUCGCUCUUACUCACGUGGUGCUCAGGGAAUACUGCUGGUGUAUGACAUCACAAACAGAUGGUCAUUUGAUGGUAUCAACCGAUGGUUAAGAGAAGUGGAUGAACAUGCACCCGGUGUACCUAAAAUUCUAAUUGGAAACCGUCUACAUUUAGCUUAUAAACGUCAAGUUAGUGAAAUUACUGCUGAAUCAUAUGCUCUGAAGAACGAUUUGGCCUUCUUUGAAGUUAGUCCUUUAUGUGACUUCAACGUUCAAGAGUCAUUAGCUGAACUUUCACGACUUGCGCUAAAAAGAAAUGGAAUGAGCAGAACCUGGGGUCCAAAUAAAGUUUUGAGUCUCCAAGAACUUGCUUGUCGGACAAUAGUGUCUUGUACCACCAUCUAUGGUAUUGACCAGUUGCCAUUACCACCUCGUCUGAAAUCUCAUUUGAAAUCAUAUGCGAUGACUAAUAAAACACGCAGCACACGCAUGCACAGCUUCAUACACAGGGACAAGCUUAAAAAGUUGAAAUACCUUAAUCCAACUGAAUCACCCCCUAACUGUCGCAAAAGCUGCUGCAUCAGCUAGCACUGUAUGUACCUCCAUACUGCUGUUCCAUUUGUGUAAAUUGCUGGCUUUUUCUUCUUUUCUUCAAGAUGAACUUUAUCAAGGAUCUCAUUAGGAAUACUUGCUUUCAUAUGGAUUCCUAUUAUUUUUAUUAUUAUUAUUAUUAUUAUUAUUAUUGAUUUUUUUUUAAAAUCAUUUUUUCUCCCCUUCUCUGAAGGUAAUUUUUGUUUUUAUUUUUAUUUUUUCUGAAAACAAAAAUGAAAAAAAAAAAAACCGAGCAAAGACACUCCAACCAAUUGAUUUUGUGCUCACACAUCCCAUCAUGCUAGUGACACAGCAAAAUUUAUAUUUAUUUAUUUAUUUGUAUAUUUUGGUUACGGAUGCCAUUUCUGUAAGGUUCACACUCUAACAAAUCCCUCCUCCAUCUUAACUAUUCUCAUAUUAAAUUAAAUUUUAAAAAGCCAAAAAAAAAACAUAAAAAUGAAAAAAAUAACAUGCAUAUAAGAUAUGUAUUUUUGACAGAUGAAAAAGUAGUUUUCAGAGAGAAAAAGAAAAAAUUUACUUUAUUUCAUAGGCUGCAUCACUUUUUUUUUUAUCUUAAGUUAACUUUUGAUAGAAAGCCUUAGGAAGUUGUUACAUUUUCUAAGUUAUCUGAGCUUAUUUAGUAAACUUUCUUAUAAUAUAAAUGAAUAUGCAUGGUCUCUGUACAAGAUAACUUUGUCUGUGGAUAAUCUUUUCUUGUUUUGCUUAUUUUUUCCAUUGCUUUUCUUCUUAUUUUCUUAUAUAUUAAAGUAAAUUAUGGUUUUUAAAUUAGGAGCCUGAUAUUCUGUAUUGAAAGCUUCACUUGAAACGUAUUAGAAGUUAGAUGAUGAUGAUGCUGAUAAUAAUAAUAAUAAUAGAUUAAUUAUUCUAGCAUUCAAACUGUUUUACAAUACAAUUGAUGUUUUGCUCCGAAAUAAUGCAAUACCUGCUGCAGGAAAUAAUGCUGUGACCUCUCAGUCAGUUACAUCUUCUUAUUCGCUCAGCCCUUGCAGUUUUUCAAACAUCAAUGGGUGCAAUGGAACCUCUAAUUUACUCAUUCGACCUGCUAGAAAUAGCAACCAAAUUGCACCCUACUGUCUUAAGUGAACAACUCAUUGGAUAAUGUAGUUUAAGAUGUGCUAUGCCUAGAAAAACAAAGUAGAUGAAAUUGUCUUGGCAAGAAUACUUUUGGUUUAAAAAUACUUUUGCUCAGACAUGACUAAGUUGUUAAAAAUUAAAUCUAAAAAUGCUUCAUAAACAAGAUAGAUUUUUUCCCUCUCUCUCAUUCUCUCUCUCUUCUGUUUAUUUUAAGCAUUCAUAAUUAAGAUUUUAUUGAUAAACCAACUGAUGUUUUCAAUAUAUUUUAUUACCUUCUAACUCACACGAUUAGUGACAUGGUUUCUUUAUCAAAACCAUAAACCUAUUCACUAAUAAUAUUAAUAAUAAUAAUAAUAAUGAUAAUAAUAAAUGAAAUGCAACUGCUAACAUAUUGAAUAUCAAAAGCCUGAUAUAUUGGACAUAACUCAUAUCCGUCUUUAUUUUCAUUCUUUGAUCUUUCUUUGUUUUCCAUCCUUCAUAAAGAUCUAUCUCUAUAAAUUUUGAAAGAUGAAAAGAAAAUAUUUUACUAUUCAGAUCCAUCUUCAUUUUUAGCCUUUAACUCAGCAUUGAAAGAUGGAACAGAAAUAUGCAUAUAUAUAUAUAUAUAUAUAUAUAUAAUGGAAACGCCGUUAACUAUUCAUAGACAAUAAAUGUUAACCUUAUGCUGAA